CAUAUGACAUAGAUACGUCGCGUGUUGUCAAUAUUUUCAUGUCUUUUUUUACAUACCUAUAAAUAAGGUUCUUUUGAAGUAGGUACAUACAUAUUUCUACAUCGCGUCAAUUUUUUCUAAAUCUGUGUUGCAGUUUUUAUGGACUGAAUUUUAUAUCUCGGUUAUCUGUAAUUCAAAAAUACAAGGAUGAUGCGAAACUCAUUUGUUUUACUGAUGAUAUUGAUUGCAUAUUCAGCAUAUUCUUCUGGAGUUAUGAUGUCUUACGAAAAUACUACUGUUCUCCAUUACACUCCGAAAGAAAACAUCUCUAUUACCUGUACUGGUACAGGCGAAGACACAGUCACAUGGAUACCUGAAGAUAUAGUGAAAGGUAAUUACACCAUACAUGCACAGACUCCAUACAGACAACUCCUUGAAAUAAGAAACGCUUCAGUUUUUCAUGCUGGGACAUACUACUGCGUUUCAACAAAGGACAGCGAGAAUUCCAUGUGGAUUGAUCUCUUACCUGAGUAUCCCGCUUUUAAAAAUACCCAUCCCCACAGAGUUUACGUAACUUCACUUUCACACCCAGAGGAAGGUCGUUGGAUGAAUGAAUACGGCGAUUAUGAAUAAACAACUUCAAGGAAUCAAAAACAAUGACAUCAUUGCAUUUAAUAUACCUUGGUAGGUCUAAUGAUAAGAAUUUGAGUGUAAGGCGUAUCAUCAUUUGUAUCAAUUUACUUGACUAAUAAAACUAUAAAGAAUCUGCAUGUAACGUCA